AUGGAGGUCCUGAUCCCUUCUUACCGUUCACAUUCCCCAUCCCAAACUCCAAGUGUCACCGUCAUCCUCAAGUCCCCUGGCUCUGAUCACCACGUAGUACUUCCAGGCUUAGCGCCUGAUGCCCGUGGCUAUGUUCACAUCCAAGUCGAGUGCUUGUUCAACGUCCCCCCUUCCGUCGAUGAUCCGCCUUGUCAGAAGUUGGAACCCGAGUCACAGGGAUUUUCGUUUACGGGCAUGUUUUCCUGGGCAACUGAGGGGUUGAAGAACAGGCUCUUUGUCUUUGGCAACGCCAGCUCUCCUAUCCGCAGCAGAAGCAGCAGUCCGUAUGCAAGCACGCCACAGCCACGACCCAUUGGUCCCCAUGGGGGCCCUGUGAUUUACGCAAACAGCCACACGGGCUUCUUCUCAUCAUCUCCUCCUCCAGUACCAGACCUGCUCUCCUCGCCACCUCCUGUCAGUACAGUGCCACGGGUCCCUCCAUCGAUAAAAGAUAUGGCGUCCUCCAUCUCGCUCUCGACCUGGGCAGCGGCUAGCUCGAUUCCCUUCAUCUAUCGGCACGGGGAAGUGUUCGUUCCACGUCAUGAUGAUCCAUCAGUGGAAGAUCAUGAACGCCGCCACGAGCUUGAAAACAUAAUGCAUCCUCUCCUUCCCACGGCUACGCCGGAAAAGGUCACGCGAGAACCUGCUGCGCCGCCAGUGCCGUGGUUGGAGUCUCGGCAUACUGAGGAUUCCGGGUCAUCAUCAUUGACUGAUUUCAUCGGCUCGCAGGAUGAUCUAGCAAGCAACGCUGCACCAGGACCGGCACAACCGUUACCGCCACCGCCUCCACCGCCUCCUCCUCCUCCACCACCACCACCACCACCUGCUACUGCAGUCCUUCCUGUCCAGGCUCCAGCUCCUCUUCCUGUCCAGGCUGCGACGGAAGCUGUCGCCGGUCCAUCGUCAACACCGAAACGACUGAGGGGGGAUAACGAAGACGAUUCCGAUGCAGAGGAGGAGGAAAGACCAAGGUCGAGGAGGCGAACCCAAUAA